GCCACAAUCAUCAUGUCGCCAAAACCGCAGCAAGAAACGUUAGUCCAACCGGAGUCCCUAGGUGAUGCUGAUGCAGGAAACCGUGUGGUCAUCACCGGGAUGGCGGGGUCUUUCCCUGACAGCUAUAAUGUUAAGCAGCUUGAGGAAAUACUUUACAACAAGGUAAAUCCAGUGGGUUCAAGAGAACCGAGGUGGGAAUAUAACCACCCUGAGAUUGCAAAUCACACCGGCCAAGCUCCUGAUUUGAAGCAUUUCGAUGCUCACUUCUUCAAAGUGCAUUACCUACUAGCAAACGCUAUGGACCCAAUGUCCAGGAAAAUUGUUGAACAUACAUAUGAGGCAAUAUACGAUGCAGGUAUAUGUCCUGAACAGCUCAGUGGGAAAAAGGUCGGUGUCUACAUUGGCACAUGUAUGUCAGAAUCGGAGAAAGCCUGUUUCUAUGUUGCAACUGCUAAAAAUAAUUUUGGCAUUGCUGGGUGCAGCAAAUCCAUGUUUGCUAAUCGUAUUUCUUACUGGUUAAAUGUCAAAGGACCCUCAAUGUCUGUAGAUCAAGCUUGCUGCAGCUCAUCGGUUGCUUUACAGUUGGCAUAUGAGGCUAUUCGUCGCGGUGAUUGCGAAGCAGCUGUUAUAGGUGGUGCAAGUCUUUGUCUCCAUCCUCAACAAUCAAUUCAUACUUCAAGGGUUAUAGAUUUAUGUCCCGAUGGUAAAACAAAGUCGUUUGACAAGAAUGCUGAUGGCUGUGCUCUAUCGGAAUCUAUUAGUGUACUUUUCAUACAAAAAGCCAAAGACGCUAAACGUAUUUAUGCUGAAGUGCUUCACGUUAAAAAUGAAUAUACAGAAAUAGUCAAAACUGAAACCGGCCCAAAAUACGGAUUUUAUCGCGACGUUGGUGACAUGACUUAUUUCAUAAAACAAUUUUAUAAGGAAGCUAAUGUAGAUCCUGCAGAUGUUAAAUACGUUGAAGCUGUGGGUUCUGCAACAGGCGAAGUAGACAAAGUUGAGCUUGAAGCAUUUAACAAUGUGUAUUGUACACAAAGACGUGAAGAACCAUUGCUUGUUGGAAGUGUUACUUCUAAUAUUGGUUAUACUGCUGCUGCUUCGGGUAUCUGUUCUAUCCUUAAGGUUCUUCUGGCGUAUCGUAAUGGACUCUUAGCCGGAAAUCUGCAUUGCGAAAAUGUUCGUGACGAUAUAGAUGCACUUCGUGAUAAACGCAUUCAGGUAGUCACUGACCACAAAAAGUUCAACGGGGGAUACGUCGCUGUUAACGGAAUAUCUAUCACCGGUAUCAACGCGCAUGUACUUUUGAACAGAGUCUACAAACCCAAGGAUCUGUCUCGGUACCAGACUAGCAUACCACGUUUGGUCACAAUAUCUGCCAGACAACAGACAGCGGUAGACAGUAUUUUUAAGGACUUGAAAAGUCGUCCGGUCGAUCCAGAAGAAUUGGCUUUAUUCUAUAAUAUCCAUGAGAACCAUAUAAGUGGACAUCUGGGUAGAGGAUUUGCAAUUUUAGACACAAAUGAGGAUCAAGAGACAGUAUGCUUGGUGCAGAAGUCAGAUUACUUCGACGAUGCUAAGAAACCUUUGUGGUUUGUGUAUAGCGGUAUGGGCUCCCAGUGGGUUGGAAUGGGAGCCCAUCUCAUGCGUAUACCAAUCUUCGCUGCAGCCAUUGAAAGGACACAGUGUGGGUGAACUGGGCUGUGCAUAUGCCGAUGGCUGUUUCACCGCUGAAGAGAUGAUUCUGUCGGCUUACAGCCGUGGUCUGGUUUCUGUACAAACACCUUUUAUUCGCGGUUCCAUGGCUGCGGUUGGUGUGGGAUAUGA